AUUCCCAACACAAAUCUCAAAACCCUCUUCUUUCACCAAUGGCGGCUGCCCCACCCACCACCGCCGCAUUCUACUCUCUCCUCCUCAUCUCCCUCUACAUCACCGCCGCUGGAAUCUCCACCUCCGCCGCUCCCACCGGUUCGGAGUGCAGCUCGGCCCCAGAUCCCUCCUACUGCAAAUCGGCCCUCCCAAACCAAACCGGCAAUGUGUACUCGUACGGACGGUCGUCCGUCAGAAAGUCGCUGUCGUCGUCGCAGAAGUUCCUCCGGCUAGUGCAGAAGUAUCUCCGGUCCCGGUCGUCGCUGACAGUGGCGGCAGUUAGGGCGCUGGAGGACUGCCAGCUGCUGGCGGGACUGAACAUAGAUUACCUGACGACGUCGUUCCGGACGGUGAACUCGACGAGCUGGACGCUGCCGGAGAUGAAGGCGGAGGACGUGCAGAGCCUGUUGAGUGCAAUAUUGACGAACCAACAGACAUGUUUGGAUGGGCUUCAGGCGACGGCGGGGUCUUGGUCUCUCAAAAAUGGCCUUUCCCUCCCACUUGCCGCUGACACCAAGCUCUACUCUAUGUCCUUAGCCUUUUUCACCAAAGGUUGGGUACCAAAGAAGAAGAAAAAACCGACAUGGACUUCAGCCGGGAGACAGGGCGGGUUCAGCAACGGACGAAUGUCACUCAAAAUGUCCAGCAGAACCAAAGCGAUUUACGAGACGGCAACUCGCCGGAAUCUGCUGCAGACCGACGACGGUGGCGACGAUCAGAUUUCGGUUAGGGACAUCGUCGUCGUCAGUCAAGACGGCAGCGGAAAUUUCACAACCAUUAAUGAGGCGAUUGCGGCGGCGCCGAACAACUCUGCUCCGACGGACGGCUAUUUCUUGAUCUUCGUGGAUGCUGGAGUUUAUGAAGAAUACGUGACGAUUGCGAAGAAUAAGAGGUACUUGAUGAUGAUCGGAGAUGGGAUUAAUCAGACCGUCGUCACUGGUAAUCGGAACGUCGUCGACGGCUGGACCACUUUUAAUUCCGCCACAUUUGCGGUGGUCGGACCCGGAUUCGUAGCGGUAAACAUGACAUUCAGAAACACCGCCGGAGCAAUAAAACACCAAGCCGUGGCCGUCCGGAACAGCGCCGACUUAUCAACAUUCUACCUCUGCAGCUUCGAAGGCUACCAAGACACCUUAUACACCCACUCCCUCCGCCAAUUCUACCGUGACUGCGAUAUUUACGGCACCGUCGACUUCAUCUUCGGCAACGCCGCCGUCGUCUUACAGAACUGCAACAUCUACCCGCGUCUGCCGAUGGCCAACCAGUUCAACGCCAUCACUGCCCAAGGCCGGACCGACCCAAAUCAGAACACCGGCACCUCAAUCCACAACUGCCGGAUCACGGCAGCCGAUGACCUCGCAAACAAUAGCGGCGCCAGAGUGAACACGUUCCUCGGGCGGCCAUGGAAGGAGUACUCGAGGACGGUUUAUAUGCAGAGCUUUAUGGAUGAUUUGAUUAAUCCGGCGGGGUGGAGGGCUUGGGAUGGAGAUUUUGCUUUGAACACUUUGUAUUAUGCGGAAUUUGGGAAUUUUGGGCCGGGAUCUAACACGUCGGAGAGGGUUAAUUGGGUGGGAUUUCAUUUGAUUGAUGAUACUGAUGCUGGGAAUUUCACGGCGGGGAAUUUUUUGAUGGCGGACGAUUGGGUGCCGCAGACCGGCGUUCCCUACACCAGCGGCCUCACGGAGUAGAAAAACAGGGGAAG